AUGAGGCAGCUCCAAGCCCUGGCCCUCUUCUUUCUCCUCCUUCAGUUUGGAACAAAGGAGGCAGAAUCAACUAGAGUUUGUGGCCAGCCACAAAUGCUGAAUCGAAUGGUAGGAGGUGAGGAUGCUCAAGAGAAGGAAUGGCCCUGGCAAGUCAGUAUCCAGAGGAAUGGGAGUCACUUCUGUGGAGGAAGCCUUAUAACGGACCAGUGGGUCAUGACAGCAGCUCAUUGCUUCUCUAAUACCUCAGAAACUUCCCUGUACAAGGUCCUUCUAGGGGCCCGGAAGCUGGUGAAUCCUGGGCCUCAUGCCAUAUAUGCUCGAGUAAAAAGGGUGGAAAGCAACCCCCAGUAUCAGGGCAUGGCUUCCAGUGCUGACGUGGCCCUGGUCCAGCUGGAAGCUCCAGUAACCUUCACUGACUACAUCCUGCCUGUGUGCAUUCCUGACCCUCAGGUCAAAUUUGAGGAGGGGAUGAACUGUUCGGUCACAGGCUGGGGCAGUCCCAGUGAGCAAGAUAACCUGCCUAGUCCCCGAAUUCUACAGAAGUUGGCCGUGCCCAUCAUUGAUACACGGAAGUGCAACCUCCUCUACAGUAAGGACUCAGAGCAUGGGGUGCUACCCAAAACCAUCCAAGAUGACAUGUUGUGUGCUGGUUACGCAGAGGGGAAGAAAGAUGCUUGCAAGGGAGACUCUGGGGGACCCUUGGUUUGCCACAUUGGUCAUUCAUGGCUCCAGGCUGGAGUGAUCAGCUGGGGAGAAGGAUGUGCCCGCCGUAACCGCCCAGGAGUCUACAUCCGAGUCACUUCCCACCAUGCUUGGAUCCACAGGAUUAUCCCAGAACUGCAGUUCAAAACUGGCUUCAACAGGAAGAGAGGGCCCCGGGGCCAACAGACUUCCACUCCAAGCUUUGCUCCUUGCCUGGCUGCCCACACCUUGCUACUCAGUCUCAUUGUUCUGCUCACCUUUUGA